UUCUUGGAACCACGUGUUCGCCAUUUUUCUAACCCACUGUAAACAAACACGCCCGCUGCGACUGCAUGAUCGAAUGAUUCGCUUUCCAAGAUGCUUUUCGAUGAUUCAUUCGUCUCUCAAAGUGACACAGAGAGCCAUGCAGAGCAACGGCAACUCUUCCAGUUUUACAUAUCAGGACGCCGUCAGAGCUCUGAACUCUCUUCAGACUAAUGCGGCGUAUAUCAGAACAGCACCAAAGCACAACGCUGUGAACACCACAUUACGUGACACCCACAAAUAUCUUGCAAGAUCUGGAAUCGCAGUCGACGAUCUCGACUCUCUGGCUGUGAUUCACAUAGCGGGAACCAAGGGGAAGGGUUCGACCUGCGCCUUGGUGGACUCGAUCCUCCGAGCCCACGGAUUCCGCACAGCUCUCUACACAUCCCCCCAUUUAAUCACUGUUCGCGAGAGGAUAAAGAUAAAUGGAGUCGCUAUCUCUGAGGAGGAUUUCACUAAGCACUUCUGGAAACUGUACAAUUGUCUCGACGCGAGGAAAGAACGACCAGGCGACAUGCCUCCCUACUUCAAAUUCCUCACGAUCUUGAUGUUUCACCUCUUCCUAAACUCCGCAAUUGAUGUAGCAAUAAUUGAAGUGGGAAUUGGAGGCGAAUACGACUGCACAAACGUCCUGAAAUCCCCAAUGUGCACUGGUAUCACUGCUCUGGGGCUUGACCACACUUCAAUGCUCGGUGACACUCUCUCCAGUAUCGCAUGGCAAAAAUCCGGAAUUUUCAAACCUAAUGUGCCUGCAUUUACGGUGGAACAACCCCCAGAAGCGAUGGAAGUUCUGAAUAAAAGAGCUGUUGAGAAGAACUGCCCUUUGACUGUUGUCCCAGACUUGAGUACCUACCAGUGGACUAAAUUCCCACCUGACAUUGGUAUUCUCGGAGACAUUCAGUACGAGAAUGCUGCAUUAGCCGUCAAAUUAGGGGAGACUUGGAUCAACUCAGCGAAGACUCAGAAUAACGAAAAUUUCAUGCCUCAAAAUGGAAAUCUACAGGGGUUCGAUUUGAAAAGGGUUGAAAUGGGAUUGAAAGACUGCAAGUGUCCAGGAAGAACUCAAGUUUUGCAUGGCAAAUCGUCGGACUAUUAUCUCGACGGGGCCCACACAAUUGACAGCAUGAAAGUCUGCGUCCAGUGGUUCAGAAAGACUCAGGAGAAAAAGAACAACUGCAAGAAAAACUGCAAGAAAAUUUUGAUUUUCAAUUCUACCGGCAACCGAGCUUCCUCCCAGCAUCUGGAUAUUUUGAGGGAGAUUCCAUUCGUCAAGGCUUACUUCGUACCAAAUAUUUCGGGGAAGAACUGCACUGAUCAGGAGAAUUUCACGACUACGAGUGAGGAGCAGCAGAAGAAGUGCCAACUUCACUGUAAUAUUUGGGGGAAAGGUGGUGUCACUGGAAAAUCACUGUUGGAGGUAUUCGAGAGGAUUCGGGAGGAGUUCAGCGAAGAGGAAAGAGCGCAAGUAUUGGUUACUGGAUCUCUGCAUUUGGUGGGAGCUGCUCUCAAUGUUUUGGAUCCAGAAUUGACUAUGAAAACAGAUUUCUGAGAAGUUCUCUCAAGUUUCGAAAAAAAUUUCGGUUAUAUAUUUUUCUAUUAUAAAAUUCUAUUUUUUGAUGAGAAAAUUGUUUGAAUCUCAGCGACUGUCUUUAUUAUAAAAAUGAUUUCCAUCACGGGUAUAAAUUAAAUUUGUAGCGCAUAAGGAUGGAAUUUUCCUGCAUUUACUAGUUAUCGUACUAAUUAUUGAACUUGCUCCUCAAUAGGUGCAAUCAUUGUACCGUUGAAAAUUAUUGUAACGAGUUGUUUAACUCUCAGGGACUGAAUUAUUUGAAUAAAUAAAUUUAUUGUUUCGGAACUGGAACUUCGUACUCAUUCGCACUUUUCCUAACACUUUUUUAAAAUAAAGAACAGCAAACAGAACCGAUUUUAAACAAUUUUUUUUCAUUAACGUGAAAC